CCCCGUUUCCGGAACAAUGUCUGGUACAGUUGGUUGACCACCUGCAUUGGUCAGAGUGGCGCCGCUUGGAUCAAGUGGGGACAAUGGAGCAGCACUCGUAACGAUAUGUUCCCCGACGCAUUCUGCGAGCAGCUCGCAACGUUGCACGCCGCAGCCCCCGCACACAAAUGGAAAUUCUCCGAACAAACCUUGGAAAGCUCUCUCGGAAUCGCGCCGGGAAGCCUGUUGCAAGUAUUUGAUGAAAUCGAUCCAGUCCCCUUGGCGUCCGGUAGUAUUGCGCAAAUUCAUAAGGCUGUGCUGGACGGCAAAUCAAUGGCGGUCAAAAUAAGACACCCUAACGUCGCCGCUCUUAUCGAUAUGGACUUUCGCCUCAUGAAGGCCGCAGCCACCCUUCUGGAUGCGAUUCCGGCUCUUUCUUGGUUGCGCAUUCGGGAAUCGGUGGAACAAUUCAGCCACACCAUGGCGGCACAAGCUUACCUGCACGUCGAAGCACAUCAUUUGGAAGUCUUGAACUACAACUUUCGGUCGUGGCCGCACGUGCGUUUCCCCCAUCCUUUCUACGCAAGCUCGGCCGUUAUUAUGGAAACGUUUGAGCAGGGACAAAUAUGCACCGAAAUUUUCGAUAUGUACGACGAUGUUCAAGGACACGAGCUCAUCCCUCUCAAAAUGGCUCAAUUCCUCGUCACCAACGGUGUUGCGCUGUAUCUGAAAAUGCUCUUGGUCGACAACCUCAUGCAUGCGGAUCUCCACCCUGGAAAUAUCAUGGUCGAUUGCCACUUCAUGUCGGAUCCCAAUCAAAAACUUGGCAAGUUUCGCAUUGCGCUGGUAGACGCGGGCAUGGUGGCCCAACUGACCGACAAAGAGAGUUCCACAUUUAUCGGACUCUUGGCCAGUCUGGGUGAAGGCGAUGGUCAACAGGCGGCCGAAUUUGCCCUCCAGUUCUCUUUGGAAAACCACAUGAACGAAACUCAACGCUCUGCGUUUACCGAGGACAUGGUAACCAUGUUUGCCGAGCGCUGUCGCGGCUACGGAACCGGCGUUGACGUUGGAUACGUCUUGCGUGGCGUUCUUGGACUCAUUCGCGACCACAAGGUCCGUAUUGACGCCAACUUUGCUACGCUGGUGGUGAAUUGUUUGUGCAUCGAAAGUUUGGCCGCCCGCGUUUGUCCCAGCUACAAUGUUCUGGACGCGGCGCGACCCUUGUUG